AUGGUAUUUUAUGGCAGAUUUCUGGUCGCCAAGCGUGACAUUAAAGCUGGUGAGCUGAUACUAGCGGAAGACCCGGUCGUUGUAGGACCGUACUGGGAUGCUGAUAUUAGUUGUCUGGGUUGUCUUCGGCCGGCAUCCAAGACGUGCAAAAAAUGUCUUAGAGCACCACUUUGUCGUGACUGUUCGCGGCACGAUGCAGUGGAGUGUGAUUUCUACGAGCAUGCUACGAAUUUGAGUAAGAAUUUUCUCUUCGAUCACUUCAACAUCAUCACGCCCAUACGUUGCCUUUUGCUGUAUCGGAGUGAUCGAAACAAGUACGAAGAGUUGAUGGCUAUGGAAUCGCACUGCGACAGCCGCAGAGGGACAGAAAUCUGGCUUAUUCACGAACAGUACGUUGUGGAGCCAAUGCUUUGCGAGGAAGCUUUCCAGCAGAUCGAUGAUCUGGUUGUUACGGCGGAGCUUGUGCAGCGUAUCUGCGGCAUACUGGACGUGAAUACCUUUGAGAUCCGAGGAAAUAUGGACAGCCAGGGGGUGCAGAUGAACAAUUUGGCACGUGGACUCUAUCCUCGCACGUCUCUCAUGACACACAACUGCCAAACGAACACGCUGAUUGCCGUCGACGGUAUGUCUAAGCUUCGACUCUAUGCAUCUGUUGCUAUUCAAGCAGGUGAAUUGUUGUACUACAACUACACUCGUGUGCUGUUCAGUACAUUCGAAAGACAGACGCAUCUGCGGAAGGGAAAAUAUUUCAUCUGCACCUGUGCUCGUUGCAGAGAUCCCACUGAGCUAGGUACACAUUUAAGCUCGCUUAAGUGCACAGGCUGUGCUGAUGGGCUUUGUGUUUUUCAUCCCCAAAAACCGAAAUGGGAAUGCAACUCAUGCGGACAUCAACUGCCAAGAGAGUAUGUGAAUGAAGUGAUGUGCGAUGCGCGGGAGGAUGUUGCAAGUUGUGCACUUGACAUACGCAACUUGGAGAAGGUAAUAGGGAAACAUUCGAAAACACUCAAUCCGCACCAUUCGCUUGUGCUGGAAGCAAAGCAAAGUCUUGCCGGAGAGCUUCGCAGUAUGUGCAUGUCGUACGAUUUACAAAACGUGCCUCGCCAAGCGUUAAAGCGCAAACUGGAGCUGUGCGAAGAGAUGCUGCAGAUAUUACGCGUGCUGGAUCCGGGAAUAUCGCGGCUUACCGGUAUCGCACUGUAUGAAUAUCAUACUGCUCUAGUUGAUUUAUCACGUCGUAACCAUGAAACGGGAGAGAUUAAGACUCCUGAGUUACUGGAACGAUUACAGUUGGCCGAAGGUGCCUUAAAAGAAGCUAUCGGUAUGCUAGUGUUCGAGCACCCAACCACACCGGAAGGUCAUCUUACCAAGAAAGCGAUGUGCGAAUUGAAAGAAUUGCGCGAAUAUAUACAAAAAGUGCAGGCCAUGGAAGAAGACGAACGCACCGAUCGUCAGUUUCGUGGGAAGCGCAAUAGUAAUACAGGCAAGAGUAAGAAAUAG